AUGGAAGAUAUAGUGAGUAAAGAAUUAUUUAUCGAAAAAUACAAUAAGUACUAUGAGGAACAACCUGAAACUUUGAAAGCCAAACAAGCAGUAGAUGUGGCUAACAAACUCAUCAAGAUAUUUUUACAAUUCGGUGCUCCAGCAAUACUGCAAAGUGAUAACGGACGCGAAUUCGUAAAUAAAGUCAUAGAAGAAUUCAAAGUUCUUUGGCCGCAAUUGCAUAUUGUUCAUGGCAGACCUCGGCAUCCACAAAGUCAGGGUAGUGUUGAAAGAGCAAACCAAGAUGUUGAAAAUAUGCUUCGCGCAUGGAUGACGGAUAAUCAUUCAACUUCUUGGGCCACAGGUUGUUACUUCGUUCAGUGGCAAAAAAAUAAUUCCUUGCAUCGGGUGAUCGGCAGAAGUCCUUUUAAAGCAGUUUUUGGUAGUGAUCCAAAAUUAGGACUUGCUUCAACUAAUCUUCCUCAGCAUAUUCUAUCGUCAGUGGCUACAGAAGAAGAACUGAAUAAUUUAAAAAUUGAAAUUAAUUCUAAUGGAUUGACAGUUGAUUCAAAUGAAGACGAGCUGGCAGACGGCGAC